UGGCGGCGGCGGCCCCGGCGGCGGCCGAAGAGACAGCGGAGGCGGCGGGCGGGGCCGGGCCGGGCCGGGCGGGCGAUGGCGAAGAGCCGCGGGGAGAACGGGCCGCGCUCGCCGGGGCCAGGCGGGAGCCUGUCGGGGACCCGGGAGAGCCUGGCCCCGGGCCCGGACGCGGCCUCGGCCACCGACGAGCUCAGCUCCCUGGGCUCCGACUCGGAGGCCAACGGCUUCGUGGAGCGCCGCACCGACAAGUUCGGCUUCCUCGUGGGCGCGCAGGGCGACCCCGGCGCAUUAGAGGAAGUCCCCCUGGAAGUGCUGAGGCAGAGAGAGUCCAAGUGGCUGGAUAUGCUGAACAGCUGGGACAAAUGGAUGGCCAAGAAACACAAGAAGAUCCGCCUGCGCUGCCAGAAGGGCAUCCCCCCAUCUCUGCGGGGCCGGGCCUGGCAGUAUUUGUCAGGAGGGAAGGUGAAGCUGCAGCAGAACCCUGGGAAGUUUGACGAGUUGGACCUCUCACCAGGAGACCCCAAGUGGCUGGAUGUGAUUGAGAGAGACCUGCACCGACAGUUCCCCUUCCAUGAGAUGUUUGUGUCCCGUGGGGGCCAUGGCCAACAGGACUUGUUUCGGGUGCUGAAGGCCUACACCCUCUACAGGCCAGAGGAGGGCUACUGCCAGGCGCAGGCCCCUGUGGCGGCCGUCCUGCUCAUGCACAUGCCUGCUGAGCAAGCUUUCUGGUGCCUGGUGCAGAUCUGCGAAAAGUACCUGCCGGGCUACUACAGUGAGAAGCUGGAGGCCAUCCAAUUGGAUGGGGAGAUCCUGUUCUCUCUGCUGCACAAGGUGUCCCCCGUGGCCUACAAACACCUGAGCAAGCAGAAGAUCGACCCCAUCCUGUACAUGACGGAGUGGUUCAUGUGCGCCUUCUCCAGGACCCUGCCCUGGAGCUCUGUGCUUCGUGUCUGGGACAUGUUUUUCUGUGAAGGCGUCAAGAUCCUCUUCCGGGUGGGCCUGGUGCUGCUGAAGCACAGCCUGGGCUCCUCAGAGAAGCUGAAGGCCUGCCAGGGUCAGUAUGAGACCAUGGAGCGCCUGCGGAGUCUGAACCCCAAGAUCAUGCAGGAGACCUUCCUGGUGCAGGAGGUCAUCGAGCUGCCUGUGACUGAGCGGCAGAUUGAACGCGAGCACCUGAUCCAGCUCCGGAAGUGGAAAGACACGCGGGGUGAGCUCCAAUACCAGGCGCCACCGCGGCUCCAUGGGGCCAAGGCCAUCAGCGAGGCGGAGCCGGCCCCCCGAAAGGCACUGGAGCCCUCUCCCUCCAUCCGCCUGCCGCCGGGCACCCAGCUGCCGGCCCCGGGCACCAAGAGCCGGCAGCAGAAACAGGCUGAGAAGGAGCAUCAGAAGGCGCUGAAGGAGGCGGCCAAGCGGCAGAAGGGACAGCGGCAGCCCCCAGCCCAGGUGCCCGGCGAGGGCAGUGAUCCCGGCUCCGGCUCCAAGGCUGGCCUGGCACCCAAGGAGGCCAGCGGGUCUGAGGAUGCGGAGCCCAAGGACUUGCCUCAUCAUUCCAAGGAGAGCCUGACUUCCCAGGAGAGUGAAGACACUUACUUGUAAAAGGGCCAGGGCUUCCCGAUUCCUCAGUUUCCCUUUCCUGAAGGGCAGCCAGGCUGGGAGGGGGCAUUCCAGCAGGCCCUUUGUCCCCCAGAGGGUGGGGGACAGGGAGCUUCCUAUAGCCUUGACCAGCAGUGAGGGGCAUCUUGUGUGGCCCGAAGGGCUUGGAGACAGAAGGCGGGGCCUUGGCAGUAGCUGGCCCCUGGGGAUCGUCCAUCCCCUUCUGUUUGCCGGGCCCUGGCACCCUUACCCUCUUCCCAUCAGCAAUAAGGUGAGAGCCCCUCAGCCUCAGUGACUAUUUAUUUUCUCUGGUAUUGGGCUGCCCACGCGGUCUAGGGGUCCGGACCGUGACCAAGCAUCCAUCCCUCGCCCCAAGGUCCCGGUGUUCUUGGGCUCCCAGGCUCUUGCUGGUCACCAUGAAAUCAUGGGCUUCCUGUUGCCCCAGUUGGGGCUCUUCCAAACUCACCCCUGCCCUGGGGGUGGGACUGGGACCAGGCUUCCCUCCCCCUCAGCCUCCAGCCCCUUUCAGCCUAAUAGGCUCAGACCCUCAGCUACUCCUGUCCUGGGGAGGGGCUCCACCCGCUGGAAGGGCCUUCACCGGGAAGGGGCAUGAGUCUGCCCUGGAUGGGGUGGGCACAGGGAGCCCGUUCCCUGGGGGGAAGAGCCGAGGGGAUGGGCUCUCUUUGUGUACAGUAAUGGUUUUGUACAGAAAUAAACUGGGAUAU